AUGGCAUCCGCGACUGGGAUUCCGGAAGAAAGGCCGUCAUCAUUUCCAGAUGGCGUGGAGAAUGAACCGCUGCUCGGGCAGCCGGGAGCUGUCACCCAGCGAGAGGACCAGAAUAUCUUCACCAACCUGAUUACUGGAACGGCGGGACUGGCGCAGAUCGGGAUACUGGUCACUGUGGCCCUCGUCUGGUCCGGAAUCUUUACUCAUGAUCUCAUAUUCUUCUCGCCGCACCCGCUUCUCAACUCUGCAGCUAUUUUGCUCACUGUCCAAGCAAUCCUCGUCGUACAGCCGACCAGGACGCCCUCACAGAAGCGAACAGGCGCCCUCACGCACUUUGGAUUCCUCGCUGUCGCAAACUUGGCCUUCAUCUCCGGCCUCAUCAUCAUCGAAAUCAACAAACAGAGCCAUCCGGAGUCCCGUUUCUCCUCCGUCCACGGCAUCCUUGGUCUGAUCACCUACAUCACCAUCUUCCUGCAGGCAGCCGUUGGCGUUGCACAAUACUUCUUCCCAGAGACCGUCUUUGGUAGCGUUGAAAACGGAAAGAAGAUAUACAAAUGGCACCGUGUGAGCGGAUAUGUGCUGUUUGUCAUGGAAUUGGCAGUCGUUAUAGCUGCUACAAAGACGGAUUAUAAUGUCAAGACUUUGCAUAUUGGAUUCUGGCCUGUUACUAUUGCAGCCUUUCUUACUUUUGCCGGAGUUGCUGCCAGAAUCAAAAAGUUCAAACUACCAGCCUUUGGAAAACGAUCUGCUACUCCGUGA